UAUAUAAUGUAAUAAAUUAAAAUUUUAUUAAAAAAAAAAAUGCAUAAAAUUAUAUUAUUAUCUUUAAUUAUUUCAUUAUUUAUCAAUAAAUUAAGUUUUUUACCCUGCCCAGAGGGUACUGAAACUAAUGUUUCUGGUGUAGAUGAUGAUUAAGGUAAUCCAGCAAAUUGUGUUAACUGUUAACCUGAUUAUUAUUUUAAUGGUGAUAAUUUCAUACCUGGUGUUAGUGAAUGCGAAGAAUGUCAAAUUUCAAAAGCUGAAGGUACUUAAGCCAAUCCAGGUGGUAUUGCUACAUUAGCUCUUUAAUGCGACAUUAAUUGUCCUGCUGGUACUUAAACUGAAAAUGGAGAAACUGUUUAUGUAGCAUAAAAAUAAGAAUGUAAUUUUUGUAAAGCUGACCAUUAUAACAUAUUCGAUAAAGAUGACUUCGAACCAGGUGAUUACUUUUGCGAGGAAUGUUCAAUAAAAAAAACUUCUGGUUCAUAAGCUACUAUAGGUUUUGAAGCUUAAAUAGAAAAAUAAUGUAACAUUGCUUGCCCUACAGGAACAACAACUGAAACUGCAGAAACUAAUUAUAAAAUUCAUGAAAAUGAAUGUAUUAAUUGCAAUGUUAACUUUUAUUUUGAUUCCAAUGAAUUUUUAGAUGGGGUAAGUACAUGCAAACCUUGUCCAGUAAAAAAAAUUAUUGGAGCAGUACGGACAUAAGUAUAAUGUGAUGUUUAAUGUCCUGAUGGUACUGUAGUUAAGGAUGGAAAAACAACUUUUGAAAAUGAAAAAUCUGAAUGUGUUAAAUGUGCUCCUAAUUUUUAUACUGCAAAGCAAGAAGAAUGGAUAGCAGGUAUUGAUAUAUGUUUUCCUUGUUCUAAUAUUUUGAUUUAAGGCGCUUAAGCAAAUUAUCCUUCUGUUGCUACUCAAGCUACAUAAUGCAGAGGUACUUUCUCUUAGUUUUUGACAUUUUCCUUAUUAUUUAUUUAUUUAUAUUUUUUAUGA